GAGGUGGAGGAAAUCCGGUCAAUACAGCAAAAUAAUAGAGUCGCUCAGGUAGGGUUUCAAACGGUCUAAAUGUUGCCUUUCGGUAGCGUUAAAGCACGAAAAUAAACCACGUUCAUUUCAAAUGGCUUGUGAGGGCGAACUAUUACCGGCUGCGAAUAACCGGUAACGUCGAAGGUGUAUUUGUGUUUCUCCGCCCACUCCGGAAAACUCAACCGAGUCGUCGUUAUUUUUAUAUUUUAAGGUGACGUGGAGUCGGACCCCCUCUUCUACACUGUCUCGUGUCAAUACAAGUACUUGGUGUACCCGGAUAUGAACGUAAUGAAUGCAUAAUACGUUGGGACAUUGCAUCAGGGAUUUCCAAGAUGUUUAGCGGUAAAUCUUUACAUUGAGCUCCUGUAUCGGCGCAUACCGGAGCAGAGAGGAGACUGUCGGGGCCUGGAGUCCGAGGAAUCAGGUUUUGUUGGAUCUGCAGCAUCGGGACUGAAGUGACACAACAGUGAUUCUGGGGUUAUGAAGUGUGGAACAGGACACCUGCCAGGUGGCUGCCAGAGGACGAUGGGCCUGCGCUGCGUCUUGAUCCUGUGCUUGCUCUCAGGCUGGGCAGUGGGCUACAAGCCGGGGGACAACGUGACUCUCUUUGUCAACAAAGUGGGCCCUUAUCAUAACCCCCAGGAGACAUAUCACUACUACACCCUACCUGUUUGCAGCCCAGAGAAGGUUCAUCACAAGUCCCUGAGUCUGGGAGAAGUGUUGGAUGGUGACAGGAUGGCAGAGUCGCUAUAUCACAUCCGAUUCAGAGAGAACGUGGAGAAAAAAACUCUUUGCAAGCUCACUCUUUCAGAGAAACAGGUGGACCAGCUUCGUGAGGCCAUCGAGGAGCUGUUCUACUUUGAAUUUGUCCUGGAUGACAUUCCAAUCUGGGGGUUUGUGGGAUACAUAGAGGAGAGCGGCUUCCUUCCUCACAGCCACAAGGUGGGUUUGUGGACUCACCUAGACUUCAACAUCGAAUAUAACGGCGACUCAGUGAUCUUUGCCAAUGUCUCAGUAAAAGAUGUCAAACCUGUUCCCCUGGAGGAGGGGGCGGGUGCAGCGGUGGGCGGAGUCGGGGUGGGUGGAGGCGGCCUGAUGGUCACCCACACCUACAGCGUGCACUGGUUCGAGUCCCCUCUUCCUCACGCCCGGCGAGCCGAGCGCCUCCGAGACUACUCAUUCUUCCCCAAAACACUGGAGAUCCACUGGCUGUCCAUCAUUAACUCACUGGUGCUGGUGGUGCUGCUGCUAGGCUUCGUCAUCAUCAUCCUCAUGCGGGUCCUUAAGAAUGACUUUGCCAGGUACAAUGUGGAGGAGGAGGGCGGCUGUGAUGAUCUGGACCAGGGAGACAACGGCUGGAAGAUUAUACACACUGACGUCUUCAGGUUUCCCCCUUAUAAAAGCCUGCUGUGCGCCGUGCUGGGAGUGGGGGCUCAGUUCCUUACCCUUGCCACUGGAAUCAUCUUCAUGGCAUUGCUGGGAAUGUUCAACGUGCACCGCCAUGGUGCCAUCAACUCUGCAGCUAUCGUCCUGUACGCUCUGACCAGCUGUGUGUCAGGCUACGUGUCAUGCAGCUUCUACACACAGAUCAACGGCCAGCGCUGGGUGUGGAACAUCAUCCUCACCUCGUCGCUCUUCUCCGCCCCUCUGUUCCUGACAUGGAGUGUAGUGAACUCGAUCCACUGGUGGAGCGGCUCCACUCAGGCUCUGCCGGCCACCACCGUGCUCCUUCUGCUGGGUGCCUGGGUGCUGGUGGGCUUCCCGCUCACCGUCAUCGGCGGCAUUGUGGGAAAGAACCGAGCUGGCAGCUUCCAGGCGCCCUGUCGCACUCGCAACAUCGCCCGGCAGAUCCCUACACAGCCCUGGUACAAACACACGGCCGUACACAUGGCCAUCGGCGGCUUCCUGCCAUUCAGUGCCAUCUCAGUGGAGCUGUACUACAUUUUUGCCACCGUUUGGGGCAGAGAGCACUACACCCUCUAUGGCAUCCUGCUGUGCGUCUUCGCCAUCCUCCUCUCAGUGGGUGCCUGCAUCUCUGUGGCGCUCACCUACUUCCUGCUCUCUGGCGAGGACUACCGGUGGUGGUGGCGGAGCGUGCUUAGCACAGGCUCCACUGGCCUCUUCAUCUUCGUCUACUCUGUUUUCUACUACCGAAACCGGUCCUCCAUGAGCGGCCUGGUGCAGAGCACCGAGUUCUUUGGCUACUCUCUGCUCACAGCGCUGGUCUUCUCACUGAUGCUGGGCAGCGUGUCGUUCUGGGCCUCACUGGCAUUUAUUCGCUACAUCUACCGUAGCCUCAAGAUGGACUAGUCACGAAAUGUGCGUUCACAGACACACCGUUAUAAACAAACAAUUCCUCAUAGCACACAUGGACAAUCCUCAUUCUCUUCUCUUGCUCUUUCAUUCACAACACACACACACACCUCCUAUUGGGUUAAUGGGAGGAAAAAUAGGGGCCUUUACCUUGAUUUGACAGAAGUUAAUAAUUGAACUAGAGCUGUCCUUGUUGGAAUGAGGGAUAGUUGGCUGGCUGGAUGGGUGUACAGAUGAAGGGUGAUCAUGUAUUUAAGGAUAGAAUGGGAUAUUUCGGUACAAAGGGAUGAUUGUGUCCUAUCAGAAGUGAAUGGGUUGAAUCUCUGUAUGAUGCAGUGUGGCAUUAUCUGCUCUGGUUCCUACUUCAUGGUCUAUCAAGGCUUGGCAGGAUCUACAUAUUUACCACAUUACACUGGUUACCCACUGAGACAGCUGACUCAUACUGUAGUUUUGAUUGAUUAUGCAGCAGUGCAAGUGUUAUUACUUGCACUUAUACUCUCCCACACAUACAGUAGUGGCAGCCUAUUUGAAUAUAAUAGAAUAUGUUUUGCACUGGCCCUGUCAAGCUCCACAUGGCCCUGCAGUGGAAGAGCAAUGAUGCCUUGUAGAUUGAAGAGCUGUUGCAAAAUGUUGAGCAAUAUUGCCAUUGUAUUCUAUUGUCACCAUUGACUUUGGUUGUGAUGUAAAUAUAGUCUUUUCAAUAAAAUGUUUUAAUACAA